AUGGAGUUCAACAUGGACGAGGUAGCGCCGCCGCGCCGCACCUUCCUGCUGCCUUUUCCCAGGGAGGGACGCGUCUACGACUACAAGUUCGUGCCGGAUGACCACGGCUACUGGGAGCUGUGGACGGUGGCUCUGAAGACGCUGCCCAGUAUCCCGCGCGACAUCCAGGUCAACCAGAUCAUCGUACCCACCGUGGACACCGUGCGCUACACGGAGCUCAUGAGUCUGCUGGUCUACCACCGCAAGCCGGUGCUCUUCUGUGGACCCACCGGAACCGGCAAAAGCAUCUAUACGAUCAACUUCAUGCUGAAUAAGAUGAAGAAGGACAAGUACCUGCCGCUUAUCGUCAAUUUUUCGGCGCAAACGUCGGCCAACCAGACGCAGGACAUUAUCGUCAGCAAGCUGGAUAAGCGGCGCAAAGGUGUUCUGGGUCCGCCGCUGGGCAAGAACCUGGUAGUAUUCGUGGACGACCUGAACAUGCCGUUGAAGGAGACGUACGGCGCCCAGCCGCCGAUCGAGCUGCUCAGACAGUGGCUCGAUCACUGGAUGUGGUACGACCGCAAGGAUGUGGCGCCCUUCAAGCUGGUCGACAUGCAGAUCAUGUCAGCCAUGAGUCCUCCGGGCGGCGGCCGCAACUUCGUCACUCCCCGCUUCACCCGUCACUUCAACCUGAUCAGCAUCAACGAGUUCGACGACGAGACGAUGAAGGUCAUCUUCUCUCGCAUCAUGCUGUGGCACCUGGACACUCGGGGUUUCGGUAAGGAGUUCGAUCCUAGCAUCGAGCAGGUGGUGGGAGCGACAUUGAACGUCUACAAAACGGCUAUGGAGCACCUGCUGCCCACGCCCAACAAGUCUCACUACCUGUUCAACCUGCGGGACUUCUCUCGUGUGAUGCAGGGUGUGCUGCUGUCGGUGCCGGAGGCGGUGGAGGACCUGCCCAGUCUGAAGCGGCUCUGGGUCCACGAGGUGCUGCGGGUCUACUACGAUCGUCUGGUGGACGACACGGACCGCGCUUGGCUGAUCGAGCACCUGAGACAGGUGGCCAAGGAGAACCUGGAGGAUGACCUGGACCAGCUGUUCAGCCGGCUAGACUCGGACGCAGACGGAAAGGUGACGGAGAACGACCUGCGCGCGCUCAUGUACUGCGACUUCUCGGACCCCAAGGCCGACCCGCGCAACUACACCGAGGUCGAGGACCUUGACUAUCUGCGUAGCGUCGUCGACGGCUACCUCAUCGAGUACAACAACAUGAGCAAGAAGCCCAUGAAUCUGGUGUUGUUCCAGUUCGCCAUUGAGCACCUGUCGCGGGUGGCCCGCGUGCUCAAACAGCCGCGAGGCCACGUGCUACUGGUGGGAGUCGGAGGAUCGGGCAGGCAGUCGCUGACGCGGCUGGCGGCGCAUAUCUGCGACUGCGACAUAUUCCAGGUGGAAAUAUCCAAGACCUACGGCAAGAACGAGUGGCUGGAUGACCUGCGCAGUGUGCUGAGCAAGGCCGGCUUCGGCGAGCGGCACUCUGUCUUCCUCUUUACCGAUACACAGAUCAAGGAGGAGUCGAUGGUGGAGGACCUGAACAACAUCCUGAACGCCGGCGAGGUGCCCAACCUGUUCGCACUCGAGGACAAGAUCGAAAUAUGCGAGAAGAUGAGAGUCAUUGACAGACAGCGGGAUAAGUCGAUGCAGACGGACGGCAGUUACGUGGCGCUAUUCAACAUGUUCGUGGAGCGCGUCCGUGACCAGCUGCACGUGGUGAUGGCCUUCUCCCCGAUCGGAGACGCCUUCAGAGACCGUCUGCGCCGCUUCCCGGCCAUUGUCAACUGCUGCACCAUCGACUGGUUCCAGCCAUGGCCGGCCGACGCGCUGCAGGCGGUGGCCACCCAGUUCCUGGCUGAGGUGGAUAUGUCUGAGGACGAGCGGUCCGGCUGCAUCCACCUGUGCCAGUACUUCCACACGUCCACCGAGAAACUGUCACGGCGCUUCCUGGAGCUGACACGCCGACACAACUAUGUGACUCCGACGUCGUAUCUGGAGCUGAUCGCUACGUAUAAGUCGCUGCUGGAUAGACGGAGAAAGGAGGUUCUUAACCAGAAGUCUCGCUAUGAGGUCGGUCUGGAGAAGCUGGCCAACGCUGCCUCGGAGAUCAGCGUCAUGUCGAAGGACCUGACGGACCUGCAGCCGCAGCUGGUUGAGGCCUCCAAACAGGUGGACGAGAUCAUGCUGCAGGUGGAAAAGGACUCUGUGGAAGUAGCCGAGGUGGAACGUAUCGUUAAAGGAGACGAGGCUAUUGCCAACGAGCAGGCCCGCGUCGCCCAGGGCAUCAAGGACGAGUGUGACGCCGACCUGGCCGAGGCGAUGCCGAUCCUCGAGUCGGCCCUGAGCGCGCUGAACACGCUGACGCCCAACGACAUCACGCUGGUGAAGUCGAUGAAGAACCCGCCGACCGGCGUCAAGCUCGUCAUGGAGGCCGUCUGCAUCGUCAAGGGUCUGAAGGCCGACCGCAUCCCGGACCCGAGCGGCAGCGGCAAGAUGGUGGAAGACUACUGGGGACCCUCCAAGAAACUGCUGGCAGACACGAAAUUCCUCGACGGACUCAUCAACUUCGACAAGGACAACAUCCCUCCCAAGGUGAUCAAGGUUCUCCGAGAGCGGUUUAUAUCCAAUCCCGAAUUCGAUCCCAAUAAGGUCAAGGCCGCUUCCACUGCGGCCGAGGGUCUGUGCCGCUGGGUGAUCGCCAUGGAGUCGUACGACAAGGUGGCCAAAGUGGUCGGACCCAAGAAGGAGGCGCUGGGUAAGGCCGAGGGGGAGCUCGCCGAGGCCAUGGGAAAGCUGGAGGCCAAGCGAGCGUCACUGCGCACCGUACAGGAGCGACUGCAGGAGCUGCAGAACAAGCUGGAGGCCAACAAACAGCGCAAGGUCGACCUGGAGAACGAGGUGGAGCUGUGUCAGCUGAAGCUGGAGCGAGCUGAACAGCUGAUCGGUGGUCUGGGUGGAGAGAAGGACCGAUGGAGCAACUCGGCCGUCAGCCUCGGAAAGAAAUACGAAAACCUCACCGGUGACAUUCUGAUCGCGUCGGGCGUGGUGGCCUACUUGGGCGCGUUUACCUCGUCCUACCGCUCCGAACAGGUGGUCGACUGGAUGGACCGCUGCGUGGAGAAGGCCAUCACCUGCAGCCCAGAGUUCGAGCUCAGCUUGGUGCUCGGCAAUCCGGUGGAGAUACGCGCCUGGAACAUACACGGCCUGCCCACCGAUCUGUACUCCGUGGACAACGGUGUUAUCAUGAAGAACGCUCGCCGCUGGCCUCUGAUGAUCGACCCCGAGGGUCAGGCCAACAAGUGGAUCCGAAACAUGGAGAAGGCCAACCAGCUGCACGUGGCCAAGGGCAACGACGCAGACUUUGUCCGCUCGCUGGAAAACGCCAUCCAGUUCGGAAACCCGGUGCUUUUGGAGAACAUUGGCGAAGAGCUGGACCCGAUGCUGGAGCCGCUGCUGCUCAAGCAGACGUUCAAACAGGCCGGCGCCAUCUGCAUCAAGCUCGGGGACUCUGUGCUCGAGUACUCGCCGGACUUCAGGUUCUACAUGACUACCAAACUGCGUAACCCGCACUACCUGCCCGAGAUCGCUGUGAAGGUGGCGCUGCUCAACUUCGGUAUCACGCUGGCCGGUCUGCAGGACCAGCUGCUCGGUACUGUCGUGUCCCGGGAGAAACCCGACCUGGAGGAGGAGCGCAGUCAGCUGAUUGUGCAGUCAGCUGAUAACCAGAGACAACUGAAGGAGAUCGAGGACAAGAUUCUGGAGGUGCUGUCCACCUCCGAGGGCAACAUCCUCGAGGACGAGACGGCCAUCAAGGUGCUCAGCUCGUCCAAACUGCUCAGCAACGAGAUCGCCGAGAAACAACAGGUGGCCGAGGAGACCCAGAAGAAGAUCAGCCUGGCGCGCAUGGGCUACACGCCGAUCGCCAAACACUCGUCCAUCCUGUUCUUCAGCAUUACCGAUAUGGGCUGCAUCGACCCCAUGUACCAGUACUCGCUGGGAUGGUUCUUCGGAUUGUUUGUCAACUCGAUCGACAACACGGAGAAGUCUGAGGACCUGGAGAAGCGGCUGUACACGCUGCAGGACCACUUCACCUACUCGCUGUACACCAACGUCUGCCGCAGCCUCUUCGAGAAGGACAAACUCCUGUUCUCGAUGCUGUUGGCCAUCAACCUGCUGCGCGCUCGCGGCGAGCUGGAUGAGGCCGAGUGGCUCUUCCUGCUGACGGGAGGAGUCGGCCUGGACAACCCGCACAAGAACCCGGCGCCCUGGCUGCCGCCCAAAAACUGGGACGAGCUCUGCCGGCUCUCACAGCUGCCCACGUUUGCCGGUAUUCGUGAGGAGUUCGAGGCGUCGACCGCUCCGUGGAAGGCCAUCUUUGACAGCGUGACGCCGCACAGCGAGCCGCUGCCGAGCCGCUGGAACAAGCUCAUCACCCUGGAGAAGAUGUGCAUCCUGCGCUGUCUGCGACCGGACAAAAUGGUGCCCGCCGUGCAGGGCUUCGUCUCAGAGUGUCUGGACCACCGGUUCAUCGAGCCGCCGCCGUUCGACCUGGCCAAGUCGUUCGCCGACUCGCACUGCUGCGCGCCGCUCAUCUUCGUACUGACGCCUGGAGCAGACCCCACGGCCGUGCUGCUCAAGUUUGGAGACGAUAUGGGUUUCAGCGGCCCGAAGCUGCAGUCGCUGUCUCUGGGCCAGGGCCAGGGUCCGAUCGCCAUGCGGAUGGUCGAGGACGGCGUCAAGAACGGCACCUGGGUGGUGCUGCAGAACUGCCACCUCGCCAAGUCCUGGAUGCCCUCCCUCGAGAAGGUGUGUGAGGAGCUGAGUCCGGACACGACCCACCCGGACUUCCGUCUGUGGCUGACCUCCUAUCCGGCCGACCAUUUCCCCGUGGCGGUGCUGCAGAACGGCGUCAAAAUCACCAACGAGCCGCCCAAGGGACUGAGGGCCAACGUUAAACGCUCGUACCUGAGUGACCCUAUCGUCGAUCCGUCAUUCUUCGGCGAGUCCAAGAACCCGAGCUCGUUCAAGGCGCUGCUCUACAGCCUGUGCUUCUUCCACGCUCUCAUCCAGGAGCGUAGGGCAUACGGCGCGCUGGGAUGGAACACGCCAUACGAGUUCAACGAGACCGACUUGCGCAUCAGUGUCACCCAGCUGCGUAUGUUCCUGGACGAUUAUGAGGAGGUGCCAUUCGAGGCGCUCCAGUAUCUGUUCGGCGAAUGUAACUACGGAGGCCGCGUCACUGACAACUGGGACCGGCGCACCCUCAACACCAUCCUGCGCCGCUGUCUCUGCAGGGAGGUGCUGACCAAGGAGCGAUUCGCCCUCGAUGACGAUGGUCACUACCUGAUCCCGCCGGAGGGCGAGCACCAGGACUACAUCGACUUCAUCCAGCGACUGCCGAUGCUGGCCGCGCCAGAGGUGUUCGGCAUGAACCCCAACGCCGACAUCACCAAGGACCAGAACGAGACCAACAUCCUGUUCUCCAGCGUACUGCUUACACAGGGCGCGGCGACCGGCGGCGGCGGCGCGGCCUCCGACGACGCCGUCUACCACAUCGCCGACGACAUCGUCAGGCGCCUGCCGGACAACUUUGACAUCGACUUUGUACUGAAGAAGUAUCCGACCAUGUACGAGCAGAGCAUGAACACGGUGCUUGUGCAGGAGAUGGGCCGCUUCAACGCGCUGCUCACAGUCAUCAGGCAGAGCCUGCUCUCGCUGAAGAAGGCCAUCAAAGGUCUGGUGGUGAUGUCCGCCGAACUGGAGGAAGUCUUCACCAGCUGUAUGACCGGCAAGAUCCCCAGCAUGUGGCGCGCCAAGUCCUACCCGUCGCUGAAGCCUCUCGGUAGCUACGUCACAGACUUCCUGGCACGACUUCAGUUCCUUCAGAAAUGGUACGAGGAGGGCCCGCCGGUGGUGUUCUGGGUCUCGGGCUUCUACUUCACGCAGGCCUUCCUGACGGCCGCCCAGCAGAACCUGGCGCGCAAAAACACCAUCCCCAUCGACCUGCUCACAUUCGACUUCCAGGUACUGGAGGACAAGGAGUACACGGAGCCGCCCGAAGACGGCGUCUACGUCACCGGCCUCUUCAUCGACGGCGCCUGCUUUAGCCGGGAGAAGAAGGUGCUGGACGAGUCGCCGCCCAAAAUACUCUACGAUACACUGCCCGUGCUCUGGAUGAAACCCGUCAAAAAGGACGAGCUGCCGGAGCGUCGCAGCUACACGUGUCCCUGCUACAAGACCUCGGAGCGCCGCGGAACGCUCAGCACCACGGGACACAGCACCAACUUCGUACUGGCCAUCGAGCUGCCGACGGACCGUCCUCAGGAGCACUGGAUCCGGCGCGGCGUGGCGCUGCUCUGCCAGCUCUCCGAGUAGGGCGAGGCACGGGAAAGACGCUAGUGGGGAGGCAGUGAUGGACAGGGUUACAGUGAGGUGUCAACCGCUGCAGUGGUCAAAGGCAGUGGGUGGACUUACUUGGAUUGAAAGACGAUUGUAAUCGUGGUGUGAGGGGGAAAUGGACUCGUGAUGCCAUGAUAUUUAGUAGCUCGGCGUGCUAAGGCUCGCCGAGUGACAGAACCUUUCCAUGAGCCGUGAACUGCAGCGGCCUUAUGUAUAAGGCGAGGGCUUUACGCCCACGGUGGUUUAUGUCGAUCGAUCCGACGGUCCGUCCAGGUACGGCCGGGAGUGAGGGAUGAAAACGAUGCUAGUCAUGUGCGAUCGCAGAUAGAAUGGACACAUGUAGUGCGAUCUCAGGAGAUAGCUAUACCAAAGAGCUCUAGUCAAGUUAGGAGAGGUAUGGAUCGUGCAGCAAUAUUGUAUGAAAUACAAAUUUCCAGUUUGACAACAAA